UUUAAGAUCCAGUCCAUCCAUCCUUCAGUACUCCCCUGACUGGAAGUGGGCCGCAGGACAAAGUGAUCAUUGUUUCCCAGUUGACGAAGACUUUUCCACUUCAGCCGAGAUGCAGUGCAGCUGUAACUCCUCAGUCGGCCACCUUUCAUCACCUUACUGGAGCCGAGCAGUGCUGUUUCCUGACUGGGCAUACAAACCAGCCUGGUCUCCUGGUUCCAGACAGGUCCAGCUGUGGCACUUCCUGUUGGAGCUGCUGGGGCGCGGCGAGGGGGGCGCCAUUGGCUGGGGAGGGGAGUGGGGUGAGUUCGUCAUCAGGGACCCCGAAAGGCUGGCCAGGCUGUGGGGGGAGAGGAAGGGCAAACCGCACAUGAACUACGACAAGCUGAGCCGGGCGCUCAGAUACUACUACAACAAACGCAUCCUGCACAAGACCAAAGGGAAAAGAUUCACCUACAAGUUCAACUUCAGCAAACUCAUCCUCGUCAACUAUCCUGGAUACCUGCCGCCAUCCAGCCACCAGCAGCUGGUCCACAGGGGCCCUCUACCUUUCUCUUUCCUCCAUGCUGAAAGUGGCCUUCCCCUCUGUGGAGGAGCGGGAUCAUUGAUGGACAGAGCUGUUCAGCCUCUGCCUCACCCCUUCCUGCUCCCGGGCUGCCUCCCUAAACCGCUGCCCAUUCCUCAGGCCCUCUGCGGCCCCUUCCCCCUCGUCUCUGCUCCUGCUCGCCCAGGGUUCAGCCAGAGAGAGCCCAGGGAGUCGGGUCUAAAUGUAAACUGGUCUCAUAGAAGCUCUGCAGACUGGGACAUGAAUCCCCAAAUAAGCUGGAACCUGUUGGGAGGAGAGAACCAGGAGGACAAAGACCGAGUGGGAAAAUAUAUAGACUAAGGACAAGGAAAACAAGUGAAAGAUUUCUCUCUCAGAAUAUCUUCAAUUUAUUUUUGACAGUGUUUUAAAUCUAUGUGGCAUAGUUUGUUAGCUGUAAAAUGAAAUGUGGGACUUUUUAAAAACUAUUUAUUGAUUUGGACUUU